UUGAGCCUCCUUUGUAAAGCGACUUGCUCAAUUGGAGCUCUGCCUCUGGACUUCCUGGGGAAGAAGCCCUCUCUUCUGAGGCAAAAAAAGGUCCAGUUUAAUCAAUUUCAGAGGAAAUCACUUCUGGAAAGAUGAGGACAGGCCAAGUCACAACCACAAGGCCUGACACUGACUGUGGAGACGUUUGUGGAGCUGGACUUCUUCCAGGAGAGCUUCCCGUCGGAGCAGAAGUCCGGGGAGUUCCUGCAGGGCAUGAACGGGGAGGAGUUCUUCCAUGUGGAAUGGGACAAGAGGCAGAACGUCUGGAGGCUGCCCAACAUCCCCAACUACUUUGGCUUUGACGCGUAGGGUGCUGUGGGCAACAUGGACAUCAUAAAAAAUAACACUGAGGUCCCGAUCAAGCGCAGCAACCGCAGCCAGACCCCCAGCGGUACCAGGAGGGGGCCCAGGAGAGCUCCUCGGUUUGGUGGAGUGGCUCCUCCUACAGCAACUGUGUUCCCCAAAAACCCUGUGGAAAUGGGGGACCCCAACGUGCUCGUCUGCUUCAUGGACCAGUUCUUCCCCCCAGUGCUGAACAUCACCUGGCUGAAGAACAGAGAGGAGGUUUCCCAGGGCGUGACGGACACAGACUUCUUCCCCAGUGUGGACAACGCCUUCCGUAAGUUCUCCUACCUGGCCUUUGUUCCGCAGCAUGGAGAUGUCUACAUCUGCCAGGUGGACCACUGGGGCCUCCCUCAGAGCCUGGCCAAGCUGUGGCACUCCAAGGAGCCGACGCUCAUCCCAGAGACGAAGGAGAACGUGGUGUGUGGCCUGGGCUUGGCCAUGGGCCUCCUGGGCAUCAUCGCUGGCACCGUCCUUUUCUUCAAGGCCAGGAGGAUGAAUGGCAUCAACCAGCGCAGGGGCCCCCUAUAAUGGAGCAGCAGCCAGACCAGCUCCUUCCCCCGACAGCCACUCUGCAAGUCCCAGAACUGCGUCUCUCACUCCAUCCCUGGUCAAGGCUUUGCUACACCAACCUGGUCCUUGCUGCCCGGAUCUGCUCCUUCCCACCCCAGGGACCUCUGGCACUGCCGAAGCAUGGCUCUUCCCCAGUGAGGUGGAAGUGGAAUUAAGACUCCGGUUCACUAGACACAUCCUUUAGUGUUCUUGAUGUGGAUCUUAAGAAUGAAACCAUUCUUUGC